AAUGCAAAACCGGACAGUCUGAGCUACCGCAUCGGAGAGCGAGGGAGGGAGGUCUCCCUGUCAGAAGGACUGGACCUUUUGAGAAACUCAGAUGGUUAUGCGUUAAUCCAUGACGAUAAAGUCGUCCGAGCUGCACUUGCCGGCAAUCAGGAGGACAUUGUCAUGCUGCCAGAGAAGUUGGCAACUUUUUACUAUGGUUUCGCCGUUGAUUGCGGAACGGAAUUCGAAGAGGUCUUUUCUGAACGAAUCCGACGUCUGAAGGAGAGCGGCAUUAUUGGAAGGGCCUCGGAACGUUGGUUUCCAUCCUUCCCCAAGGAGCGGCAACCCGUGGCCCGUGGAAUAGAAGUGCAAUUAAGACACUGCAGCGGCGCCUUCAUCAUCGUAGGUGUUGGUAUCUGCGGAGCAAUUGUGGCCGUCCUGAUCGAAUAUCUUUUCUUUAGGUUUUCGCCACGACUGUGCCCUCGACUGCCCACCUGA